UGAUGUUUUUGGAGACAAGUACGCUGAUGAGAGAAUGUGGAAGAGGCUUUUGUACAGUGUGCAAGAAAAAUACUUAACAAAAUUGAAUAAGUGGGCCCAGUGAGCUGCAGGAGGAUGCAGGGACUGCAGGGCUGUCACAGGCACUGACGGAGCAGGGUUUCCCUCCUGGUGGUGCUGACCUGUCUGGCUGCCGAGAGCCGAUCAGAAGCGCCGCCUCCCUGUCUGCCGAGCCUGAGGUCCAGUCUGUUCUGGAUGGAGCAGCAGGUGCUUGUGGGGACACUGGAGACCUGUCAUCACCAGGGCGGACAGAGUCCCUGGUCUGCUGAAGAUCAUCUUCCUACUGAAGAGAUUAUAGAUAAUCACCUAAUAUACUUCUUUUGUGAUUCUGUUACAUAUAAUUUAUCCUUUGUGUUUCUUUGUCACCUGAGACCAGUCAUUGAUUGAAAACUGAGUAUAAAUAAUAGAACUGGAUCAGGCAUAGUGGAUCCAGCCUGUAAUUUCAGCACUUUGGGAGGUCUAGGAGACAGAUCACUUGAGGCCAAGAGUUCAAGACCAGCCUGGGCAACAUAAUACCACAGCAUUUCUACAAAUAAUAUUAACAAUAAUAAUAAUAAAUGAGCUCUGGGUACUGGUGGGCACCCGUUGUCAUGGCUACUCAGGAAGCUGAUGCAGGAGGAUCCCUUGAGCCCAGGAGUCUGGGGCUGCUGUGAGCUGUGUUCAUGGCCCUGCACGCCAGCCUGGACGACACAGCAAGACCCUCUUCUUAAAGAACAAAAUAUAGGGCUAAGAACUAUAGAACUGUGAUAAAAGAUAUGUCCCAGGAUGGAGACAUCUGAGAUGUUUUAACAGUGGAAAUAGCCAUGUUGGAUCCCAAAUCCCAGAAACAGAGAUGUGAGUUCCUGGUGGUAGAGCUCGGUGCUUUGGACAGGGAAGCUGAGGCCCAGGCUUGUGAGGUGGCCCUGCUGCCAGCAAGGGGUGAGGGAGCUGGGGAGAAUCUCUUAGUCCUUCUGGGCCUCAGUUUCCCCAUCAGGAAGUGAAGGUUCCAACUGCACCUCUCCCAGGGACCUUCCUGCCGGGUUUGCUCUGAGUCUCUGUGGGCAGAGCUGUGGUAAAGGUGCCCUGCGACCCGCAGUGGAGACCUGACCUUGGUCCCUACUGUGACUAUCUCCUGCAGGGCCCUGAGCUGAGGCCACACCCUGAGAACUCAGAACUGAGGGAGCAGAUGGAGGAAGGGGAGCCGGCAGGUUGGGGGAUGAGAAUGACCGAAACAAGGACACGGGAACGGUGGUGCAGGUGGACACACACAGGGUGAGAAUGAGGACAAAUUGGGUUUAGAGAUUAGGAGUCACUGAGAGACGCCUGUCAUCACCCAAACCCUCCAGGGCCAGCCUGGACAGAGCAGUGGGGAUGGGAGAGGAGCUCAGGGCACUGGGGUCCUAGGCACCUGGCCAAGGACACCCACAGGCUGGACUCAGAGCUGGUUCACACUGAGGGAAGCACCAACCCCAAGAGGAGGAAGAAGUGACCGUGAGACCCUGCCCAGCUCCAGCAGCCUCGUCCUUGGGGCUGCCCUGGCAGUGGACGCCCUCCAGGUCAGGGUGGGCUGAGCAGGAGAAGGGUGGACAUGCUGCUCUAGGCCAGUGACCCGGGGACAGGGGACCCUUGCACAUGAAGUAGUGACACUUGGCUAUUCUCUGUGCCUUUCAGUUGAGAAAGGUCUGGUGGCAGCCCAGGGAACGGGCGGAGAGGUCACAGACACGUCAUCCCCAUGACGCAGUGAACAGGAAGGGAAUUCCUGAGAGCAGUCCCGGUGUCACCAGACCCCCACAGGGGACUGUCCCUGAGUUCUGAUACUGUAGGGCAGGGGUCUCUCUACAGAAGGAGACGUGCAGCUCCCUGGCAGGAAGGAGGGUGUCUCUCACAGAACACUCAGGGAAGGAGUGUAGACGGGGUGCUGGAGUCAGAAACCACUUUUAUUCAGUCACUGAGGACCACUGCGGGGAGCCCCCUGGUGCCGGGCCUGAGUGGGAACCGUGAACACGGAGUUGGUGAAACUGUGUCCCGGCAUCCACGGAGCUCUCAGACCGCUGGUGGGCCCUGGGUGACAACACUCCUGACCUCCCGGGACACCACCAGCAUCUGCCUCCAGGUCGUGUCAAGGUCAACAGAGCCAAGGUCUCCAGGGGGAACUGCUGACUCCGUCAUGGCCACCUGGAGACACCAUGAGGCCAGUUCAGUGGGACCCUUAAGUCCAUGUCUGCCAGGAAGGUGACGCUGGUCCCUGUUCUUGUGGUCCCAGGCUGUGCCUCUCCUGCCACAGCGGCCAGCAUGGCAGGGUCCCUCUGCUCUCUGUCCAGGCAGAGGGCACAGAUGGACAUCUGGGAACAAAACAGGGAACUGCGCUCCCAGCUGGUGGAGGCUAAACAGCAGGUUCUGGACCUCAGGGAGAAACUGGACAUUUCCGAAUCAACUGCUUUCUCCCUGGCCAACCAGCUGCGGAAAUACAAGUGUGGCAAGUUCAGGGAUGUCCUGGAGUCCGUGCUGGGGGUGAGGCUGGACUUCUGGGAGGAGGAGUGGGCAGAGAUGCCGACCCUGGAGGACGAGCUCAGGGAAGCCAACAGGCUCAUUGACCAGCAGGCCCGAGAGCUGACCCGAUUGAGGCAGGUGUUGUGAGAGGGGAGAGAUGGCUCAUUUCUCCUCAAGCAGCACCUGCAGGCCAUCCUCCUCCAGGACAAUCCUGACAGCUGCCAGGGCCAGGACCUCCGUGAGCACCUGGCAGAGGGGCGCAGGCUGGCAGAGCACCUCGCCCACACG